AAAUUUAUAUCAUUUAUUGUCUUCUGUAUUUUUAUAUCUGACAAAAAUACAUAGUUAUGAAAUAGUGCAUACAGAUCAGAUCAAAAAACCACGAGACAUACAUCAUGAGACGCUAAAAACGAGACCAUGCAAGAUGAACAGUUGAGCUGCUGAUUGGAGUAAACAAGAAAGAAAGCAAGUGACAGCGAAACAUGCAAACCGGCGAAUCUAUUCAGUUUCCUUCUUCAUUUAUUGUGCCUUCUUUUCAUAAAAUUAAUUUGCCUAAACGUGGAGGCAUAAGUUACAGGAAGAUUUUUAUUGGAGUGAGACGAGUCUUUAGGAAAUUAGGGUGUCUAUAAAAACAGAAUUAUGGCGUCAGAAUUGAGCACCAUCGUGUGCUGUGCGGCCCUGGCCAUAGUUCUGAGAUGGGGUGUGUCCACGUUCCCGUACUCUGGACAGGGCAAGCCACCCCGCUACGGUGACUUUGAAGCACAUCGACACUGGAUGGAAAUUACCACCAAUAUUCCCAUGAGUCGGUGGUACUACAACUCAAGCCUUAAUGAUCUCGACUACUGGGGAAUAGAUUACCCCCCAUUGUCCGCAUGGCACAGUUACGGUUUGGGACGCGCCUUCAAAAUAAUUCUCCCAGAAGCUGUCAAAAUAAAAACAAGUCGGGGGUACGAGAGUUCACUGCUAACUUUCUUGAUGAGAAUGAGCGUCUCCUUAAGUGAUCUACUCGUCCCAGCCUUGAUCUUGUUUCAUGUCAUGUUCUUCAACCCUGAAAAGAAGUUGGCCCCGUGGGUUUGCAUAAUGUGCUCGCUGGCUGCUCCACCCUUCAUAAUGGUGGACUAUGGGCAUUUUCAAUACAACUGCGUUUCACUGGGGCUCACUGUCUUGGCAAUUGUGACACUUCUUUCGAAUCAGUUUUCAUUAUCUGCAAUCUUGUUCACUCUGGCCAUUCAUCAUAAGCAAAUGUCCCUCUAUCACUCGCUGACCUUCUUUGCGUACAUGGUAGGAACUCUGGUUAUGAAGAGGAUUGAUGUACUUACUACAUUUCGAGUUGGGACAGUAAUUAUGUCCACCGUGGGGCUGAUGUGGCUGCCAUUUGGAGACUAUUGGACUUUUGUACUAAAGAGAAUUUUCCCCUUGAAACGUGGAGUGUUUGAAGAUAAGGUGGGCACAUUUUGGUACGUCUUCGACCGUUUUGUACCAGUAAAGGGCGUUUACCCGGAUCAAAUUGUGGCAGAAUUUUGUGGAAUCAGUACAAUCGUUUUGUUAAUUCCUGCUACAUUAAAUCUUUUCAUGAAAGCCUCAACAGUAGAGAAAGGUCAACAAGUGACAGUGUUGCGCAAGACAUUCUUGCUUCACUUGUUCAACAGCUCGAUCGUCUGUUUCUUGUUUUCAUACCAUGUUCAUGAGAAGACAAUUAUGUUGCCUGGUUUGGCUGCGGUACUACUUUUGCCUUUCUACCCAUUCGCCUCAGCCUGGUUUGUGGUAGUGUCAUCACUAUCUUUAUAUCCCCUCUUUCUGGAAGAAGGUUCUCAUGCUGCUCUACUUCUGACUACUGCCUUCUUCAUAUUGGUUGCUCAACAAGGAAAAAUCUUUGACUCGUCAAAAUCAGCUUUGUUAAAGUUGGCGUUCAUCGGUUCGAUUGGGGGAUACAUUGCUUUAAUACUUGGACUCCAUUUCGUCACACCUCCUCAGAAUCUGCCUCAUCUAUUCCAAGCCGGAAUUGCCAUUUACUCAUUCCUUCAUUUCUCACUGUUUGCCUUGUACUGCCACUACUUGCAAUUUAGUCUGAAAUAUUCUACAGAUGAACAGAAACCAACAAGAAAAUCAGUAGGUUCUGGAUCUGCAAAGAAAAAACUAUAAUAGUGUUAAAAAUAUUCACAAGUGCAAUCACUAAUUAUUUUUGUAAGCAAUUUUAUUAUUAAUAUUUAUUAAAAUAUUAAUUUAUUGACCAAAGCAAAUAAAAUAGUCUGUUUCAAUUAAA